AGAAUUAAUUUGGUUUGAGUAUAUUCUUUUGGACACACCCUAAUAGAUUCUCUUGUUUGUUAUUUUGGAAAAUAUGUUCUGAAAAAUCGAGUGAGGACGAGAAGGUGUUCAUUUUUUCGGUUUUUAUUUUUUUAGGAAUUCUUAAGUGCAGAUUCCCGGUCAGCGAGAACCCUAACCGCACCAAUUCUCUUCGCAGAAAUGUUUAAGAAGUUCUCAUCCGAAGAGGUUUCUGCUCAAAAUCAAGUGAAGGCAUCUGUGCAGCGAAAAAUACGACAAAGUAUUGCAGAGGAGUACCCGGGACUUGAACCUGUGUUGGAUGACUUGCUGCCAAAAAAAUCACCGCUAGUUGUUGCAAAAUGUCCAAAUCAUCUUAACUUGGUUCUGGUAAACAAUGUGCCACUGUUCUUCAACGUGCGGGAUGGACCAUACAUGCCUACAUUACGCCUUCUUCAUCAGUGCUGUGCGUUGUCGUUAAGUCGUUGUGUUUGUGUGGCAGUUGUGGCUUUUGAUCCAAAUAUAAUGAAAAUGCUGCAAGUUGACAGAGGGGCUAUAAAAUUCGUACUUUCUGGUGCCAAUAUCAUGUGUCCAGGCCUUACGUCUCCUGGUGGUGCAUUGGAUGAUGAAGUAGAAGCAGAAACUCCUGUUGCUAUAAUGGCUGAAGGAAAGCAACAUGCUCUAGCAAUUGGAUUCACGAAAAUGUCAGCAAAAGAUAUACGAACACUGAACAAAGGAAUUGGUGUGGACAACAUGCACUAUCUUAACGAUGGCCUCUGGAAGAUGGAGCGCCUCGGAUAACUGAUAAUGAAUGAUCUAAACUGAAUGGUGCGUCAGCGUACAUUGGGAUAACUGAGAAAAAGAUAUAAGUUUGAUUGCAGACUGUUGCUUUCAUAUGUUUGUUUACAUUCACUUUGUUCUGUAGCUUUACUAACAAAUAACGAUCAUUGCUGAAGUAUCCGUCCCUGUUAUUUGAAUUUCAAGAUACCUAUUUUGAUGCCCUUUGGAGCAAGCCAAACUUUUUGUGCUCUGCAUAUCAUAUAAUAUUUAACAAUUUACUUUUUAGUCGAUAUGGCAAUUGGCAUAUCAUAUUAUUUGACCAUUGAUUUGACAUUUAACUUUACAUUGGCGGCUUACAAAAGAUCUAGAAGUCGCUGAAUAGAUUCUUUUACAAUUGUCGAAUUUUCACCUGUGCCUUUGGGAAUAAUUGUAAUUUUAUGGUAGGGUAAACUUUAU